AUGAUUGAGCGAAGUGCCCUUCCUUCGAGUGCUGCUACUUCGGUUUCUUCAUCGUCUGCAAGCUCGUUGUUGCCUAAACAUUUGGCUCAUCACAAACCGGGUCAGAUCCCUGAAGUCACGACCUCAGGAUCUGGUGCCGGUGCUGGUGCUGGUGCUGCUUCUGGUUCUGGCUCUGGUGCAACUGGUGAAGCAAAGAAAAGAGUUAUUAGACCAAAAGCUUCACCAUCUGCUGCUGUGAAUCCUAGACCUUAUGCUAAUAUGCUUUAUGAGGUGAAUCCGGCUGUUCAUGGCUUUUUUGGUAAUAUUAAAGAUAUGUAUGUGGUAAGAGGGCCACGAGCAUUUGUUCAGGGAUUCAUGCCUACUAUAUUUCGCCAGGUGAUGAAUUCCACUGUGAGAUUCACAACUUUCAACUUUCUUAAACAGUUCUUCCAUCCUCACGACAACGAACCGAUGCCAGGGCUUAUGGCGUUCGGAAUUGGUUGUGUUGCUGGAGCUGUCGAGGUGUUGGCUACUCAGCCUAUUGAUGUGGUCAAGACUCGAAUGCAGACUGUUAAUGGUAUCAAAUUGUAUGGAUCGAGUUUGAUGUGCUCUUACAAGAUAUUUGUUCAUGAAGGGCCCAAACAUCUGUGGGCAGGUAUGUUGCCACGGUUCGUCAAGGUUACAUUCAGUGGUGGUAUCGUGUUUGGAGUAUAUGAGUUUGCCAACAGUUUGGUCAUGAGAGCCAUGCAGGAAAACCCAUUCUCCUGGGAAUAA